UCAGGGAGAAAGCAGACAGCCAGUCAGUAAAGGCAGAAAUAAACAGCGACUAUUACCAGACACAGCCAGACACAGGGACCAGACACAGACAAAUAAGCACACAGAAAAGCCUGCUCAUAAUGACACUCUCAUAAUGACACUCUCAGUAAAAACCGCCGGGGUCGUUUUGAACGGUUAAAGGCGCACAAAAUACGAAGAAGCGUCACUGUUCUGUCAAGAGGUUGUUUUGGGGACAGCUUUACUGAAUGAAUUUGACUGAAUGAGAGUAAUCUUCAAGCUGAUCCUAAUGCCUGACCUCAUCUGAAAGUCUAAGACAGAUCUCAGCAUACUGUUUUAUUGCAAACUUAACUUUCUUAUUUCCUUACUGGAUUAGAUGGGAAGGGUGACAGAGACUCUCGGGAGCUGAAGUCUAUGAACAGCAUGAGUGUCAGUGAGCAGUGCUGGACUGAUGAGGAUUCAAAUGGAGACAGUGACUGUGAGGAGUUGUUCUACGGAGCACAGGGACAUUAUGUUGCUGACCUGUAUUGCCACCCUCAGUUGGAUACAGACGUUGGAGCUGUGAAAGACAUCUACUCUGACAGUGCUGUUUCUGUAAGGGAAUAUGAGACGAUUGAUGAUGUUGACAUUGACCUACACAUCAACAUCAGCUUUCUGGAUGAGGAGAUAGCUUCAGCCUGGAAAGUCAACAGAACAGAACCUAUCGUUUUACGCCUUCGCUUCUCAUUAUCUCAGUACCUAGAUGGACCAGAGCCAACAGUGGACGUGUUCCAGCCUUCCUCUAAAGAUGGCUUUAAUCUUGGCAUACAGCUUAAGAGAAUUCUUUCCUCAUUCAUAUCUAAUCAAUGGAAGCACCUCAGCAAUGAAUUUCUGAGAGCUCAGCAGAAGAAGAGACACAGCUGGUUCAAGGCUGGAGGAACAAUCAAAAAGUUCCGCGCCGGCCUCAGCAUCUUCACACCAAUAGCCAAGUGCCCCAAUGUUCCUCUGAUCCAGGGCCCCGGGGAGAAGGGCAGGGCUUCCGGGCCGGAGCCAAGAGUGACUCGGCUGAUGAACCGCUCAGUCUCCUGCACAAUGAAGGUGCCCAAAGGAGAGUUACUCACUUACGCGCCUAACGGACAGAGUGUGGUAGUCCCUGGCUCCAGGUCCACAGUGCAGAUCACCACCAAGCAGCUCAUUGAGCUCUUCUUCUCUUCACAAGCUCUCCUCCACUGCAAGAGUAUACCUACUCUGGAAUAUGGCUUUCUUGUACAGAUCAUGAAAUACUCAGAGCAGAGAAUUCCCACUCUGAAUGAGUACUGUGUAGUCUGUGAUGAGCAGCACGUCUUUCAGAACAGCUCCAUGCUCAAGCCUGCAGUGUGCACAAGAGAACUGUGUGUGUUCUCUUUCUACACACUAGGAGUUAUGUCAGGAGCUGUUGAGGAUGUGGCAACAGGAGCAGAGGUAGUUGACUUGCUGGUGGCAAUGUGCAGAGCUGCCCUGGAGUCUUCCCGUAAAAGCAUUAUCUUUGAUCCUUAUCCAUCUGUGGUUGACCCAUUCGACCCCAAAGCUUUGGCGUUUAACCCUAAGAAAAGAAGCUAUGAUAGGCUGCAGAAAGCACUGGACGGCAUCAUGUCUAUACGAGAAAUAACACAAGGCUCAUAUGUAGAGAUAAAGAAACAGAUGGACAAGUUAGAUCCACUUGCACAUCCUCUCUUACAGUGGAUUAUAUCCAGCAAUAGAUCACAUAUUGUCAAGCUACCCGUAAGCAGGCAACUCAAGUUCAUGCACACUACCCACCAGUUCUUGUUGCUCAGUAGCCCUCCUGCCAAAGAAGCUCGAUUCCGCACAGCUAGGAAACUAUACGGCAGCACUUUUGCCUUUCAGUGGGUAUAUUCCUAUGAAACCUGUCACCUAAAACUCACUUCGUGUUGUAAUUUGAAUUUUUGUUGUAUGCUGCAUUUUCUGCGUGGUUUGAUGUUUAUCUCUCACUUUCUGUCCAUGCCAAUGUAUACCAGUGGUUCCCAUAUAGAAAACUGGCAUUCUAUUCUACGAAAUGGACUAGUUAAUGCCUCCUACACAAAGCUGCAGCUGCAUGGGGCAGCCUAUGGGAAGGGCAUCUACCUCAGCCCCAUCUCAAGUAUCUCUUUUGGAUACUCAGGAAUGGGGAAAGGACAGCACCACAUGCCCACAAAAGAGGAGCUAGUACAGCACUACAACAGAGUUAACACCAUCUCACAGAGUCACCCAGUGCAGUCAAGGUUUCUUCAGAGUCGGAAUCUAAACUGUGUGGCUCUUUGUGAGGUAAUAACAUCCAAAGACCUCCAGAAACAUGGAAACAUAUGGGUGUGCCCCGUGCCUGACCAUGUCUGCACACGCUUCUUUUUUGUGUAUGAGGAUGGUCAGGUAGGAGAUGCCAACAUUAACACACAGGAGCCCCGAAUUCAGAGGGAGAUUUUGCGAGUGAUUGGGACCCAGUCAAGUUGAAAGCAAUGCUCUGACACUGUGACAGAUUCAAAUCUGAGCAAAGAGUGAAAUUACCCCAAGGUUACUUGUCAUCUUGACGUUACUGUGGCCAAAUUACAAGGCGGAUAUGACAGAGCAAUCAAUUUUGAGAGGGUUUUAUUUAAUGAGGGGAAAGUUGUUGUGUUUUUUUGUAUUUUUUCUCUUCAUAUGUUCUGUGUUUUACGUAUGUCCUCUGUGUCAUUACAAAUCAAUGAAUCAGUGGUGCAGAGGCAGUCAUAAGUCCCUCCCUUACUUCCACUGGGGGGCUCUGUUGCCAAGUAAAAGCACGAAUAAUUCCAAUGCACAAGUCAGCUUUAUUUUCUUUUCCCAUGGUUCUGAUAACUCCAACCCAAGAUGUCAGUUGAAUUUGAUAAAAAGGUGCUACAAAAGACAUCAGCGUGAAAAGGGUGCUGAAGUUUGUAUUUCUUGCAGAGGCCUGCUAACCACACUACAGUUAUUAUUUAUAAUAAUGACGAAAAUAUGUUCAUAAAUAUGUUCCAGUAUUAUUUGGGUGACUAUUUGGGUGUAUUCUUUCUAAAUUGACAUCAAGUGCUGUUUGUUUUCUGAUUACUUCAUUCUAACAGUUUAAUCUCAGCAGAAUGCUGUGAUUUCCCUUGAGCCUUUUUCUUCCUGCUUUAAUUUUGUCACUGCCCUUUGUAACAAGCUUUUUCUAUUUUUGAAGCCAGUUUAAGUGAAGCAGAUGAUUCAAGUCACAUUCCUGAAGGGUUCAUGUUCUGGAGAUGGUCUGUGUUUUUAAUGAUGAUGAAGAUGAUGAACUAGAUAGCAGAGGAACCGUCUUCUGCAGGUUACGAUAAUCACUGAAACCUGCUGCACACUUCAUCAUAAUUGUUCAGAAGCUGAAACUUAUGCAAUAUCUGUAGCAUCAAACACCAACCACUCAAAACCUUAAUCUGGACUGUGCAGCAAACAGACAUGCAGUGUAUGUGUCAUCUUAGCAUUCUCUUGGUGGAUAUGGACAUACAGUGAGAUUAAUAAUCAUGUGCUUUGCCUCUGAGGUGAGGCUGUGUUUGUUGGAUAUGGCCCACAUUUGUAUGAAAACUCUUUUUUUCAAUAAAAUAAGAGCAUGAUACUGAAAAUGA